AUGACACACACUGUCCUUGUUAUGUACCCGAACGAAGUCGACGUCCACUUUGACGAGACCUACUACAUGAAAACCCACGUGCCACUCAUCGAAAACAUCUGGAAGAGCCACGGCCUGAUCAGCUGGCAUGUCACCAAGUUCACCACCGCGCUUGAUGGUUCGCGACCUCAGUAUCUGGUGAUCACCACUCUCCAGUGGGAGAGCGAGGAGUCCGUGAAAGCUGCUCUGCAGAACCCUGCCAGUGCGGGGGUUGUUCAUGAGUUUGCCAAUGAAUGA